AUGUGGGUCUUCGGUUAUGGAUCGCUGCUAUGGUAUACGGAUUUUCCGUACGAUAAGGCCGUGCCGGGUUGUGUGCGAGGCUAUUCGAGACGAUUCUGGCAGUUGAGCCCAGACCAUCGAGGCACACCGCAGAGUCCUGGUCGCACGGUCACUCUGGUGGCCGAUCAGAACGGUUCGUGUUGGGGUUUAGCCUACAAGGUGCACGAAUCGCAAGUGGAGAAUACAAUCGAAUAUUUGGAUUAUCGAGAAAAGGCUGGAUAUGUGCGCGAAAAAGUGACAUUUCAUCCGGACGAUGGAAGUGAAGCAUUCACUUUGAAUGUCUACAUAGCUGCAGCCAAUUCAAAUCCUUACUAUACAGGACCGACGGACGUUGAUACGAUUAUAGAAACGAUUCUUUCAUCUCGUGGUCCGAGUGGAACCAAUUUGGAGUAUGCGUUACGUUUGGCAGAUUGCGUUCGACGAAUGGCACCGUCGCAUAUUAAAGACGAUUAUUUGUUCACAAUCGAGCAGAAACUUUUGAGCAAGUGUCGCGAACUGGGCAUUCGAGAUCGAGUGCUCAACGAUUUAGGUAUUCUGCCGCCUGUAACGGCCAUAGAAGCAGACUGUUCUUCAGACACUGAGAACGCUGACGAAACAUCGAAUUCAGAAAAUUAA